UUGAACAAGUGGUGAAUAUGGUGGAAGAUGUAGUCGAGGCUGUGGAGGAUGUCGCCGAGGUGGUGGAACAUGUCGCGGAUAAGGUGGGAGAUAAUCUUCCCGACAAUACGCCACUGAAGUGUGUGGCUUUGUGGGUUGAGAACGCUGCCAAAGAAGUGGGGGAUGAUGCUGAACAGGCCAAAGACUUCAUUGACAAGGUGGAGGACUUGACGGAAGAAGUAGAGAAAAAGGUGGACCAGCCCAUAGAUUCCUUCAGAGGUGAUGAAGGUGAGGCCGUCCAAAAGGAAACAAAUGCCGUUGGAUUGAAGGAAGAGGUGGGUCAGCCCCUCAUUGAACAAGAGGAGCUGAUCAUGAAAGAGGAAGCACCUGUUAAAGAAGAGCUGAUAAUCAAAGAGGAAGCACCUGCUAAAGAAGAGCUGAUAAUCAAAGAGGAAGGACCUGUUAAAGAAGAAGCGAGCACACGUUAGACAGAUAAGGAAGCCAUGUGAGCCUGAUUGGAUUAAAGUUCUUCUUUGACUAGUCAAGCCAUCAGAGCUGGUGGUGAAAGAUGCUGGCUUAGCUACCCGAACCAGUUAAUGUUAUUUAUUUAUUUAUGUAUAUUCUUCUGGCAAUAGAUCUUAUGUGCGAUUGCACAUGUAAUGGUAUGGUUGGAGUAGAUUUAUCCGGUUAAAACUCAAAGGCUAGGAUCCCUCACUUAACCGCUGUAAAGAAUAGUGGGAUUUUGGCAGAUAUGUUAAAAAAAGAAAAGAAAAGAAAAAAAUUUAUGAGAUGGUCACCCUUAAUUUUUACGGUGUCCACCGUAACAUAUAUAAAGCAGAUGUACAGAUUUGAAAUAAUGUUGUGAAAAGUAAUAUUUUCAUCAAUUAUGAUUAUCUAAUUCUUUUACCCA